AAGAAAUUAAUUUGACGGAGUCUUCUUCACACGCUUUUUUAGGGCUAAUUGGCCGUAAUUAUCUGCAGCUUACAACAGAAAUAAUUAACAUGAACGACGAUGACGACCGCCGUCAUCAUAAGCCGCCGUGCGCUGCAUGCGCCGGCGACGACGAAGCCUUCUUCCGGUCACUCCCGCCGGGUUGCCGGUUCAAUCCGACCGACGAGGAGCUCAUCGUUCACUAUUUGACCAGAAAGGUCUACAACCAAACCCUCCCUCGCAACCGGAUUACCCCUCUCAAUCUCUACGAUUACAACCCCCAAAUGCUCCCAAAUAUCGGGGGGUGGGAGCAGGCGGCGGCGGGGGAGACGAGCAGCAGCAACAAUUACGGGGAGAGGGACAGCUACUACUUCACGCCGAGGCACCGCAAGUACAUGAACGGGAGCCGGCCCAACAGGGCGGCCGGAGACGGGUACUGGAAGGCCACGGGGGCGGACAAGAAGGUGGAGAACUCAAAGGGGGAGGUGCUUGGGUUCAAGAAGACCCUCGUUUUCUACCACGGCCGGCCCCCCUCCGGCGCCAAAACCUCUUGGAUCAUGCACGAAUUUCGCGUCAACGAUUCCCUCCACAACUGUGACCGCACUCUUAAUAAAAUGAUGUUAGACAAUUGGGUACUUUGUAGGGUUUACGAGAAAGUGGACGUCAAAAAUGGCAAAAAGAAAAAGGACAACGACAACACAGACGACGGAUCCGAAAUUGACGAGGACGUUGAUGAAGCUGGGGGCGGCGAUGGCAACGACGAACAAAACGAUCAGAAGCCGGUGGUCGGGGACCGAUCUAAUCCUCCCCCGUCCCCAGUCCCAGUCUCAGCUAAUCCUAUAAGGAUUGUCCCAAACCAGAAUCAGAACCAGAACCAGAACCAGAACCUACCACCCACGUAUGGUUUCUUGAAUCAGGCGGUAACGCCCUUCCAGCAUCACGAGAAGUCGGUGGUGAGGGAUCGAUCAAAUAAUUCUUCCGUUUUCGUCCCCACCCCUUCCCUUGCCCCUGCCCCUGCCCCUGCCCCUGUCAACCCCAUAAGGAUUCUUUCGAAUCAGAACCAGAACCAGAACCUGGAUGGCGUGUACGAUCUCAUGAAUCAGGCUGCAACGCCCUUCCGACAUCAUCACAAGCCGAUGCAGGUGGACCGGGCCAAUUCACCCAUUCUCGCGCCUGUUCCCAUCGACCCAAUAAGGACUUCCCAGAUUCAGAAUCAGAAUCAGAACCAGAACCAGAACCUGCCUCCCGUGUAUGAUUUCAUGAACCAGUCGGAAACGGCCUUCCCGCAUCCCAUGUGUGGUUUCAUGAAUCAGGCGGCAACGCCCUUUGAGCCUACCAUCUGGACCGGGACCUUUAUGGAAGUGGGUUAUCCGCUCUAUGUGAACGAGGAGAGAAUGCUGCUCAGCAUGAACGACCCCAACAAUGCCACCAUGGAGCAAUUCGCGCAACAAAUUGUCACGUGCCGCCGGGGUUUUAUAGUUGACAACAACGACGACAACAACACCAACACCAACAACAACAACAACAACAACUCAAGCUAUUCUUCUAAUUCUUUUAACUACCUAGAGAAUGAAGACAUGCCCCAAGGGCUAUACAUCCAAGACCACAAGAGAGAAGACACCAUGGGAACAUAUGGAAAUGACGAAAAGCCCCAAGACAAGGAAACGCCAAAAGACGUGUACAAGGACUACAUUCAGUGAUUAAUUGAUUAGUUUAGUUUAGAAUAUUGUUUAGUAGCAUCUUUUGAUUUCUCCCUCGUAAUUAUGUAGUGUAGGCUAGUAGUAUAGUUUAGCUUCUUUCUAAUAACGGAGUACAGUUCAACUAUAUAUAAUUAUAUAUACUCCGUAACUUUCUUUGAAAGCAAUUUGCUUUAGUUAGUUCUUAACUAAUUUGUUGAACUGUUUAAAUUACGUUUAGCCAGUAUGAUUUAAGCCCGUAAACUACCUACUACACAUCCAUUUGAAUUAGAACAAAGCUACAAAAGUUAU